CACAACCGUAACCGCAUCACAUGCCGUCACAGAAACUCCAACCACUCUUAUGACCGAGUGCGUGUCUGUCGCGCGCGUUUUACCCGUCGGUUCGCCGUGCGUUCGUCCCGGUAUAGUACGUACUAGUAAUUUACUAUAGGUUUUGUUUUUUUUUCUUAAAAAAAGUAUAUAUUAAACCUAUAUACGAAUAAUUUUGUUUUUUUGUACCCGCGUGUGUCCGUGAGCGUUUGUUCGGUUCGCAUAUGUCAACCGUCGCUAGUUUCGGACUGAUAAUAUAAAUGGUCAAAAAAGCAUCGAACGCCUCGGACUCCAACAUGGUAAGUGCUAAUUACUUACAAAAGUUUGCGAAUUACUGUAAUACAUAACGGCCAAGCCGCCGAAUAAGAUGAACGAUCACGUGGCUCGUCUUCGGGUGGUGCAAGAAGUAUCAUCGCGGAACAGUUCGGCCAGUUGGAACAGCUCAUGCACGUUUUCCACUGAACAGAGUAUCCCGGACCAACCUAGGCCUCCGGUUUACAACCCAGAGGAUUAUGCUGCGUCUUUGAGGAAAUUCGGUAAGCGAGGUUCAUCGUCAGACUCGAAAGAUGUCGAUUCGUCCAAGUCCAGAGAAAUGGCGCUAAAAGAAUUCACAUCCGCCACCGAGCUGUUAGAAAAACUAAAAGCAGACUUGAAACUUGCAUAUUUCAGUUUUGUUCAAGAGUUUGUCGGCGAUCCCGUAGACGGAGUAACGUUGUUGUUGGAACUACUCAAGACCAUCCAACAAAGUGGAACGCAAACCAAAGGCACGCCGGCAAAUCAACGACGCGUCACGUUGGACGAAAACUCUUGUCUUCAAUGCUUGAAGUAUUGCUUACGCUGUCAAGAUGCGUCGAGGAAGUUAGCUAUAUCGUCUGCCGGGCUCUACACUUUGGCUGCUUGCAUUAUGAGCACAGUCAACCAGUCGCGUAUAAUGACGUUGGAGCUGCUAACCAAGGCGUGUUGCGAUUCGGGGACGGCGGAUGGACACAAUACGGUUUCAGACGCGAUGAGUACGAUGCGAUUGAGGUUUGCCGAGCCGGUGCGAUUUAGGUUCCUAGUUGGAAUGAUGUCGGGAAACGGAAGUUCCGGCAUGGAAUUGCUUUUGGCCGGUUUAAAAUUCAUAAACGCGUUCACGGAGACUAGUCCCGACCUUCAGACAAAAUUCUACGUCCAGGCCGAACUCAAACAGGCGGGAUUCAAGCCGGCCGCUAUACUAAAGAAUAUUUCCAAUAAGUCGCCGUUACUGAGUGCCGUUUCGGAAGAAAUAUACAGGUGGCAAAAAAAUUUCAUCAACGUGGAAUCGCUAAAAAGACAACAUGACGAGAUCGUCAAAGAGGCCAAAGCGCUCAGGGAAAAAGUGUCGGCGCUAGAAAAGAAACUUCACCUUCUCCAAGAAGAGAAACGCGUUGUUUCUUCUCGCAAAGACAUCAUCGACAACUCGCACAAAAGCAAAGGCAACGAAGGUGGUGGUAACUCGGCCGAGGACGAAGGCAUUAGCUCGUCGGAACAGGACGACUGCGAGGAAGAAGUGUCGUCGAAAAAGGGUAAAAUCCCCUACAAGAUGUACAACCUGUCGCACGACGACACCACCGUCGAAGAAGUGCUCGAGGACUUCGACAAAGUCAUCAACGACGCUUCCACGGAAUCGGACGACCGGAAAAUGUCUUCGGUAAGCAGCGAUCAACUGUCCAAGAGGUCGUACGACUACCCGCCUUCUUACACGGACGACGCGGCCAUCAUACCCACUAGGAUCGUUCCGGAACCGCCGAGGAGAUCCCGAAGCCUGUUCGUCAACAAGAACUUCGAAGUCAACCCGUUCUUCGAAGACGACGAGGACAGCGCGGACUCGGUUUGCGCUUACGAAGACGAGGAAGACGACGACAAGUCCAAAGUCAAGAGAAGCGAAACGUUCCAUUCGGUUCAGAAACAAGUCAAACGUUUCUCGGACCUGGCCGCGCACGGUGGCAGAGGAGACCGCGAAGACGUCAAAAGGGAAGAAGGCCGGAGGAAGUCCAUUUACGACGUGUUCGGCCCCGUCGAACCGAGACGACCGCACCUACCCAGCCGGCAAGUCACGAGAUCAAUAAGCACGAAAAACGUCACCGAGUCCAGUAGGAUACCCGUGUUGCGGUUCGACCAGUGCAAGCCCGAACGGUCCGUGUACUUGCCGACCGGCUGCAGGAACGCCAAAGAGCCCAGGGGCUUCAUGACGAGGGGCCACAACAACGCCGGUCUAUACUCGGGGUACAAAGACACCAAGAGCGUCAAUCCGAAACACCAGACGAGCUCCAACAUUAGUUCGAGCAGCCUAAAAGCCCUGCAACACAUCAACAUGUCUGUGUCGACGGGAAAACUCACCGAUUUCCCAUCGGGACUCUAUUAGACUGAAUAUCUAAGACAUACACCCUAAGGUUACGUCGUUAUUAUAUUAUAUUUAUAUUAAUUUUUAUUAUUUUUAACUUGUUCCCUAAUUAAUUGCACUGUACAACACGUUCUUAAGCUUUUGAGCUGGCUAGACAGCUCUUUUUUUUUUGUUAAGGAACAAGAAUCAAAAUGGUCAAUGCAUAAUAUCGUCUAUAAGAUAUGGUACAGCGCGUCUAUGUUUUCUGUAAAUCAAUAAUACAAUAUGAUUUGCUAACUACAGCCUACAGGGCUUUUUAGCAUUUUUGUACAGCUAUUUUAAAUUUAUAUUUUCAGUUUUGCUCUACAUAUUUAUAUUAAGCGUGAUGUAAUUUAAAUAUUUUAUUUUAUUAUAAAAUACCAAUAAUUACACCUAAUCUUAAUAAAAAGAUACAAAUUAAUCAACGUAAAUGUAUUUAAAUACAAGACACCAAUUACAACAAAUUACCAUUCAACCCGAUUAAUUUAUGCUAACAUUUGACCUAAAUUUCUUAAUAAUUAUUAGUAUUAUAAUUAUCCCUUUCCAAACUGGUUAAAUAACAUCGGUCAAUUUUGACUGAAAUCCUACAAACAUUAAAAUUAGUAUUAUUGUUGACUAGGAUAUAUUGAACCUAACCAGUUAGUCUAUCAUCCAAAACACAUCACAUUUGUUCAUUAUUAAAGUUUCAAAAAUAUCUGAAUAUGUUUUUGCACACAAAUUAAUAUUUGGUUGUAUGUGAAAAAUAAAAAUAAAAAUUUACAAAUUUAUUUUCGUUAAAAAAAACUAAAUACGAUAAAAUAAUUCUAAAAACAUUUUUGAGUUCAGAAAACAAAAAUCGUUUUAAAUAAAAAUAUAAAAACAAUUGUGUCAAUUAUUUGAAGUAUACACCAGAUGGUUUUAGAUCAUCUUUAACAAACUCAUCAUUAGUAGUAAUGUUUUUAUUAAAUGUAUUGUUUGUUACUGUUCGGUAAAUAAUAAUAAAAAUACUGAUUACAUAAAUACUACUAAUUAAAAGCGAUUGACUGUUAGUAUCUAUAUUUUAUACGAGUAUUAAACAAAAUAUUAAAAUAAGUAGUAAAUAAAAUUGAAUUUCUAUGUAGGAUGAUUUCACUAGCUCACAAUAUAUUGAAAAUAUUCGAAACCCAUUUAUUUCACAAUUUUUGAAGAGAUUUAUAAAAAAACUAGACACGCUGUAAAAAAUCUGAGAUCAAAUUCCAAUUUAACGAAAAAUAUCUUAAAAAAUGAAUUUAUUUUGGUCCUUGUUUUAAAAUCGUGUUGUACGAUGUUAUUUAAAAAAAUACUCAAUUUUUACAAUUAUUAGAUGGUUAUAUAUCAAUUUUAUAUAUGUACAUUAUUUUCUAUAAAUAAUAACUCAUGUUUAAUGGUACAUUCUCUCUGCCAGAUUAUUUGAGACGUACUAGAAUUGUUUUUUUCCCUUAAUAGUAUAUUUUGUAUUAUAUGGGUUACCGUUUGACUGAAGCUAGUAUCUUUAUCUACCCAACCAUAUUAUAUACUAUGUAUUUUAUAGAAUCCUCAGCCUAAUUUUUAAAUUCUUUUCCAAAGUUAAAAUAUGAUAUCUAUUAAUUAAGAAUUCUUAUUAGCCUUUAAGUAAUAUUUAUAAAUAUAGCUAUAUAUGUAUUUAUAUUCCACAUACAAUUUUCUCAAUAUUUUGUAUGUUUUUCAUAUUAAGAAAGAGAAGUUUACCUAAAAUGACAUAAUUAUUAUAAAUAAGAUGCUAGAGUUUAUUAUAUAUAAUACAUCUUUGGUCCCAGGUAGAAAGGGCUUAAGUCAAUUUUACCAAUUAUUUUGCCAAUUGAACCAAAAAAUCAGCAAAAAUCAAGCUUUAAAUCUACGGAAAAGAAAAAUAUUGUGAAAAACUGACUUAAGCCCUUUUCUACCUGGGACCAAAGACAUAAAGAUAAGUUUUUAUCAUUUAGUUAUUUUAUACCCUACCUAUUGAAAAGUAAGUGCAAUAUUUUUGUAUAAAAAUAAUAAUUAUAAAUAAACGAGUACAAUGUGUACAGUUUUAACUUUUAA